AUGGAAAGCCGGUUCUGGGGUCACUUGAAGAUUGCAGGAGAUUGCAAGAAGCUCUUCCCUCCGAAUUGUCACGUCCAAAACUGGGGGAACUAUAUCAGGAAGAAAUAUGAGUUGGGCGAUGUCUUCUACGUCGACUGGUGGCCACUGGGUCCCCGCUGGCUAUUCGUUGCCGACCCGGAGGUUGCUUCCAAGUACUUGACAGCAGGGCAAUCGCUGCCGAAAUCGCGACUGACGACCGACUUUUUGACAAAACUCCUCGGCGCCAACAACAUGGUCGGCUUGGAAGGCCAGGCCUGGAAGUCCCUCCGAUCCAUCUUCAACCCAGGCUUCUCCGCAAGCCACCUGAUCACUUUGGUCCCUUACGUGGUCGACUCCAGCCUCGUGUUCCUCGAUCUGCUUCUCGAAAAGGCCAAAUCCAACGAGCUCGUGGAACUCGACCCUCUGUCCAUAGGAUUUGCCAUUGACAUCAUUGGCAAAGUGGUCAUGGACUCGGACUUUGACAGCCAGAAACGUCCACACCCGAUCGUCACCACGUUUCGAAAACAGGUGCAGAUGAUGCCGAACGCCGCCAGUAUCGGACCGCUUGACGACAUCAAUCUCAUCCGUCCCAUCCGACUUUGGUGGAAUGCAAGGAAACUUGACGCCCUGCUGGGUGCCGAGAUCGAUAAGAAGAUAGCUGCCCGGAAGACCUCACAGGGUACCAAUGGUGCCAGUGAUGUGGAAAAGCCCAAGAAAGACCGCAAGCGCUCGAUUGUGGACCUUGCUCUCGACGCGUACGAGAAGGAGGUCGCAGCGGCCGCCAAAGGAGGUGGUAGUGGCGGCAUGACGAGCUCGUUCCGCACAAUGGCAAUCGACAGCAUCAAAACUUUCAUCUUCGCAGGCCACGACACCACCAGCGCGACCAUCUCAUACACCAUGUACCUCGUACAUCUGCACAAGCACGUCUACACCAAACUCGUCGCAGAGCUUGACGCGGUCUUCGGCCACGACGUCACGGCGUCCGAAAUGGCCGAGCUGAUCAAGUCCGACCCGCACAGCGUCAACAAACUCGAGUACCUCGGCGCCGUCAUCAAAGAAGUGCUUCGCAUCUUCCCCCCCGCCUCGACCAUCCGCGAAUUAAAACGUCCCAGCGAAAUCUCCUCGGUAAAGGAGACGAUCAUCAUCGAUCCGUCAACGGGCAAAGAAUGCCCCAUGGUAGGGUUUGACAUGUGGCCGGUCUCGCACAUGAUUCACCGCAACGAGGCAUAUUUCCCGGACCCCCUGAAAUUCAUUCCCGAGCGCUUCAUCCCUGCGCUAACACCCUUUCCGGACUGCAAACUCCACACGCCGGCCGGGAAAGACGCGUGGCGGCCGUUCGAAAAGGGUCCCCGGAACUGCAUCGGCCAGGAACUCGCCAUGAUGGAGGCCAAGGUCGUCCUCGCCCUGGUGAUCAGAGAAGUGGACUUUACGGCGGAAUACGACGGCGAGAAGAUCGAGGAAGGGGAUUGGAGGCCCGUGGAGACCAGGGAUGAGUUCGCGGAUGGCGUCAGUGGCGAGAAGAGGUUGACCGUGGAGGGACACAGACCGUAUCAGGUGCUCUUGGGGGCGGCCAGGCCGAGUGCCGGGAUGAGUGGGAGAUUAAGCUUGAGGAAGGCGAUGACGGAAUCGAGGAAUACGUAA